ACUUCCUUGUGAUUCUGUCCCGGCGCAUCGAAGAUGGCUUUGAGUAUGGAUGGUAGUGGCUACAUCAACCAACGUCCUAUUCAUUUACCGAGGCUAUUGUAAAAUAAAUAAAGGAUUUUCCUUUCGUCGAUAAGUGAAGGCGGUAGGGCGGCAGUAAAGUAGUCGCGAGUAGUGUUCAUACGCUCGUCGUACUACGGACGGUUCGCUUCCCGGUGCGUGUUUUUUUUUGUUUGUUUUGUUUUGCUCCCCCACUCCUGGUUGAUUCCGAUAGCUAGCUUAAACUGACACUUAAACGACAAUUGUGUAAAUAUUAGCCACAGCUAAGCUUAAAACCACUGCUAGUAAAAAAAAAAAAAAAAUGGCCACCAUGGAUAAAUUAAUGAAGGCCUUUGAAUCUCUCAAGUCUUUCCAACAACAACAACAGGGACCGCCGACGGCCGAGGAGACGGCUCAGAAACAGAAGAAAGAGCUGGCCACCACCAAAAAGGACAGAGUGGCCCACUGCCUGACCAUAUGUGAGAACAUCAUAGCCCAGUCUCUGAGGGUGCCUGAACAGAAUCAGGCGCUGAUGGACUCCAACCUGCCCAGACUGCAGCUGGAGCUCUACAAAGAAAUUAAAAAGAACGGUGCCUCUCGGAGCCUGAGGGCUGCUCUCUGGAGGUUCGCUGAGCUAGCACACCUCGUCAGACCACAGAAAUGCAGACCGUACCUGGUGAACCUCCUCCCCUGUCUGACCAGGAUCACGAAGAGACAGGAGGAGACUGUCCAGGAGACCCUGUCGGCUGCCGUGCCUAAGAUCAUGACUGCUCUGGGACACUUCGCUAACGACGGAGAAGUCAAGGUGUUGCUAAAGUCGUUUGUGGCCAACCUGAAGUCCACUUCUCCUACGAUCCGCCGGACGGCCGCCAGCUCAGCGGCUAGUGUCUGUCAACACUCGAGACGGGCCUCCUACUUCUACACCUGGCUGCUCAACGUCCUGCUGGGUCUGUUGGUCCCUGUCGAUGAGGAACAUCCUAACCACCUGGUCCUGGGGGUGUUGUUAACCCUUCGCUACCUGAUGCCUCAACUACAGCAACAGGACAGGACCACCAGCCUGAAAGGAAGUUUCGGAGUCAUGAGGAAGGAGGCAGACUUACAGCCCACGCCUGAACAGCUACUGCAAGUCUAUGAGUUGACUCUCCACUACAGCCAGCAUGGCGACCACAACGUGGUGACGGCCUCUCUGGAACUGAUGCAGCAGAUGUUCCGGACUCCUCCCCCGGAGCUACUGCACAUGCUCAUUACGCCCGGCAGUGUUCCGCACGCCAGCGUGUUCCGACGGGACGUGGAGAGACGCGCCCACUCCGGCAGCAUCCUGGAGUUCAUUGGCAAGAUGCUGUCGGGGGAGGAGGAGGGGUUGGAGGACGACCCUGAGAGGGCAGAGGUCACCACCGGGGCCUUUACAGCCUCUGUCGCGGGCGCCGACGCCACCGCCCAGGUGGUCGACAUCAUUACCCAGCAGCCCCGCUCCUCACAGCAUGCUCUGCAGCCCGGCGACUCCGUGGACCUCGGUGGCGCCUCCUCGGAACACGGAACGACUGCCCUCGGGACGUCCGGCGGCGAGGGAGGGGCGGGGACUCCCGAGUCGCCCAAUGACAACGCAGCGGACGAGGACAUGCUCAGCCACAGCUCCAGCGGGGCUAACGUUACCCCGGAAACGGCCGACUACGCCACACCGGAGAACGCGGAGAUGCCCGACGGGCCCCUGCUGGACCCCCUGGGAGACCCCUCGCUGCCCCCGAGCGCCGACUCAUCACAGACCACCACAGAGGGGCCGGACUCGGCCGCCACACCUUCAGACGUUGCUGAACUCGUGUUGGACACCAGUGAGAGUCUGUAUUCAGGGAUGCAGAUUGGAACUUUACAGGAUGAGGAAGAAGAGGGAGCCGUACCUUCAUCACACCCUGAACCCUUCUCCCAGUCCGCACUGGCUCUGAGUAGACCCCACCUCCUAGAGGGCAGAGGUCACAACAGACAGGCGUCAGACAGCAGUGUGGAUCACUUCAUACCAAAGGAGGAACCAGCGGAGACCACAGAGCUGGAGAACAAGCCAUCGAGGAUAAAGGGUCCGAUUGGCCACUACACAGACCAAGGGGCGGAGCCUCUGGUUCACUGUGUGCGACUCCUCUCUGCCUCCUUCCUGCUGACUGGACAGAAGAAUGGGCUGGUCUCUGAUAAAGAGGUCCGUGUCAGUGUGAAGGUUCUAGCAGUCAGCUGUAUCGGAGCAGCAGCUGCCCUUCAUCCUGAAGUCUUCUUCAACUCUCUGUACCUGGAACCACUGGACGGAGAGACACAGCAGGAGCAGCAGUAUAUCAGUGAUGUGUUGUGUCUGGUUGCUCAUGGAGACCCUCAGGUCAGAGGUGCUGCAGGGGUGUUGUGUGGCGCCGUGAUCCACUCUGCUCUCACCAAGACACGUUACAACAUACACGCCUGGAUGGCCAGCGUUCACACCUCUACAGGUAACCCAUUGUCCCUGGUGGAUCUAGUACCUGUACUACAGAACACUCUAAAGGACGAGUCCUCUGUCACCUGUAAGAUGGCCUGCUCUGCAGUCAGGCAUUGCAUCAUGACUCUUUGUAGCAGUACUCUGAGUGAGUUGGGUCUGCAUCUCCUGGUUGACCUGCUGACCUUAAAGGACUGUUCCUAUUGGCUGGUCAGGACGGAACUCCUGGACACUCUGGCAGAGAUAGAUUUCCGGUUGGUGAACUUCCUGGAGAAGAGAACAGAGAAUUUACACAAAGGAGAGCAUCACUACACUGGGUUGCUAAGGUUACAGGAGAGAGUGUUGAAUGGCGUUGUGAUUCAUUUGUUGGGAGACGAAGACCCUCGAGUACGACACAUAGCCGCUGCUACUGUCAGCAGGCUGGUCAGUGUGUUGUUCUAUGAGUGUGACCAGGGUCAGGCUGACCCGGUGGUGGCUAUAGCCAGAGACCAGAGCUCUGUGUAUCUACAGUUACUGAUGCAUGAGACGCUACCGCCUUCACACUUUACUGUCUCUACCAUCACCAGGACGUAUCGUGGUUAUAACCUGUCUCAGGGAGUGUCAGACGUCACUGUGGAGAAUAACUUGUCAAGAGUCGUCUCUGCCGUGUCCCACGCUCUCACCUCCUCUACGUCCCGGGCCCUCACUUUCGGCUGCUGUGAGGCGCUGCAUCUUCUGACCACCACCUACCCAGCAUGCACCUGGAGUACGGGCUGGCACUGUGGCUACGUCAGCUCCACCGUCACACACCCCAACCGAUCCAACCUCAACCGCUCCCGGGCACGCUCACACAGCCUCUCCCAGCCCGGCUCAGGCCCUUUAGAGGAAGGGAAGAGGAGUCUAACAGUAGGGAUGGCUAACAUGAUGAUGUCUCUACUGUCCUCUGCCUGGUUUCCUCUGGACCUCUCUGCUCACCAAGAUGCUCUGCUGCUGGCCGGGAACCUGCUCGCUGCGACGGCUCCACAGUGUAUGUGUAGUCCCUGGGCUGGGGAGGAGGAGGGAGGGCCGGUCCCCGGUAAGACAGAGGAGCCCUGGGCAGCGGUGGGGGAGCGCCCCCUGGUGGUCCUGGUGGAACAACUCUUCUCUCACAUCCUCAAGAUACUCAACAUCUGUGCCCACGUGCUGGACGACACGCCGCCCGGACCCGCCGUCAAGGCCACCCUGCCGUCCCUAGCCAACGCUCCCUCCCUCAGCCCCAUCAGAAGGAAAGGCAAGGAGGUAGCAGAGCCAAGCACCAUUCCCAUGAGCCCUAAGAAAGGCAGCGAGACCAACACUGGCAGGCCAGCGGACAGCUCGGGGUCCACGGCUAACGUCAACAAGUCCACAACCCUGGGGAGCUUCUAUCAUCUACCCACCUACCUCAAACUGUACGACGUCCUCAAAGCUACACACACCAACUAUAAGGUUACGUUGGACCUCCACAGCACCAACGAGAAGUUCGGAGGGUUCCUGCGUUCUACGUUAGACGUUCUGUCUCAGCUGCUAGAGAUGGCCACGCUACACGACAUCGGAAAGUGUGUGGAAGAGAUCCUCAGCUACCUGAAACUCUGCUUCUCCAGAGAACCUCUGAUGGCCACGGUCUGUGUUCAACAGUUAUUGAAGACGUUGUUUGGUACCAAUCUAGCCUCCCAGUACGAGGGGGCCCAGGGCGGUCCUAGUCGAUCCCAGGGGAAGGCUCUCCGUCUGGGCUCGUCCAGCCUGAGACCUGGCCUCUAUCACUACUGCUUCAUGGCUCCCUACACACACUUCACUCAGGCCCUGGCCGACGCCAGCCUCAGGAACAUGGUGCAGGCUGAGCAGGAGCAGGACGCGUCAGGGUGGUUUGAUGUAAUGCAGAAGGUGUCCAACCAGCUGAGAUCCAGUAUCACCAACGUGACCAAACAGAGAGGAGACAAGAAUGCGAUCCACAACCACAUUCGUCUGUUUGAACCUCUGGUGAUCAAGGCUCUGAAACUGUACACCACCUCCACCUCUGUAGCGCUGCAGAGACAGGUCCUAGACCUGCUGGCGCAGCUGGUACAGCUACGAGUCAACUACUGUCUGCUGGACUCGGACCAGGUGUUCAUAGGUUUUGUGCUGAAGCAGUUUGAGUACAUUGAGGUGGGACAGUUCAGAGAUUCGGAGGCGAUCGUCCCCAACAUAUUCUUCUUCCUGGUUCUGUUGUCGUACGAGCGGUACCACUCCAAACAGAUCAUCAGCAUCCCAAAGAUCAUUCAACUGUGUGAUGGCAUCAUGGCUAGUGGGAGGAAGGCUGUCACACAUGCCAUCCCAGCACUGCAGCCUAUAGUCCAUGACCUGUUUGUUCUGAGAGGCUCCAACAAGGCUGAUGCUGGGAAGGAGUUGGACACCCAGAAAGAGGUGGUGGUCUCCAUGCUGCUGAGACUCAUACAGUACCACCAGGUGCUGGAGAUGUUCAUCCUGGUCCUCCAGCAGUGUCACAAGGAGAACGAGGACAAGUGGAAGAGACUGUCCAGACAGAUCGCUGACAUCAUACUGCCCAUGAUAGGAAAACAACAGAUGCACCUGGACUCCCCUGAGGCUCUGGGAGUGUUGAACACUCUGUUUGAGACGGUCGCUCCCUCCUCUCUCCGCCCGGUAGAUAUGCUGCUGAAGGGAAUGUUCACUACACCUGCUACCAUGGCUAAUGUCAACACAGUUCAGCUGUGGGUGUCAGGUGUCCUGGCUGUCCUCCGAGUCCUCAUCUCUCAGUCCACUGAAGACAUAGUCCUCUCUCGUGUCCACGAGCUCUCCCUCUCUCCUCUCCUCCUCUCCUGUCCCACCAUCCGACGUCUCCGCGACGACAGCAGCCUCUCGUCGCCACCGCCUCUGGCGACCCUGGCAACUGUCGCCCCCGACAACCAGGAGGCCAACGGAGAGCGGGUGCCGCCGGAGGAGACGUUUGCCAGGUUCCUACUCCAGCUAGUAGGAGUGAUGCUAGAUGACAUCUCGACCAGACAGGUGAAGGUUGACAUGACAGAACAGCAACACACGUUCUACUGUCAACAGCUGGGGACUCUGUUAAUGUGUCUCAUACACAUCUUCAAGAGUGGCAUGUUCCGUAGGAUCACAGCAGCAGCCACCCGUCUCCUGAAGGGUGAGGCUGUUCUGGGUGCAGGUCCAGGGGUCAGUGGUGUCUUCUACCCCCUAGAGGGUCUUAAUGCCAUGGUGGGCUGCCUGGUGACCACACACCCCUCUCUGGUUCUACUCUGGUGCCAAGUCCUCCUCAUCAUCAACUACACCAACUACAGCUGGUGGACAGAGGUACACCAGACACCCAGGAGACAGAGUCUGUCCUGUACCAAGCUGCUGAGCCCUCAUUCAUCAGGAGGGGUGGAGGAGGAGAGACCAGAGGCCAGGCUGGCCAUGUGUAACAGAGAGAUCGUACGCAGGGGAGGACUCAUUCUCUUCUGUGACUACGUGUGUCAGAACCUGCACGACUCGGAGCACCUGACCUGGCUGAUCGUCAACCACGUCCGUGACCUCAUCGACCUUUCCCAUGAGCCUCCGGUGCAGGACUUCAUCAGUGCCGUGCAUCGCAACUCGGCCGCCUCCGGACUGUUCAUACAGGCUAUACAGUCACGCUGUGACAACCUCUCUACUCCCACCAUGUUGAAGAAGACUCUCCAGUGUCUAGAAGGGAUCCACCUGUCCCAGUCUGGUUCUCUGUUGAUGCUCUACGUGGACAAGUUACUGAACACUCCUUUCAGAGUCCUGGCUCGUAUGGUUGAUACUCUGGCCUGCAGGAGGGUGGAAAUGCUGCUGGCUGAAACACUACAGAACAGUUUAGUCCAGCUGCCUGUGGAGGAACUGGACAGAAUCCAGGAAUAUCUUCAGAUCAGUGGACUAGCUCAACGGCACCAGAGGUUCUACUCCCUGCUGGACAGGUUCCGAGCCACCGUUGCCGAGGACACCAGCAGCCCCUCUCCUCCUGUGACAUCACACCCCCUGGAUGGGGAACCGCCACCUGCCCCUGAACUAGUCACGGCUGACAAGGAGUGGUAUGUUGCCUUGGUGAUGUCCCAGUGCUGUCUCCGUGGUGACGGGUCGUUCCUGGAGACAACGGAACUCCUGACCAAACUACCUCCUGACGACCUCUCUACCAUCAUGACCUGCAAGGACUUCAACCUGUCUCUCCUCUGUCCGUGUCUGAGUCUGGGGGUUCAGAGGUUAACCCGGGGUCAGGGGUCGUUGUUAUUGGAGACGGCCCUGGCCGUGACCCUGGAUCAUCUGAGCGGGGUCACACAGCUACUUCCUGUUCCACACCGUUCCUUCCUGCCGCCGGCCAAACCUGACCCGGCCGAACCCUACUGGGACAACUUGGCUAUCGUCUAUGCUGGAGCAGGACUCUACCCGCGGGUGAUGUCUCUGUGUAGAGCGCUGUCUCAGUAUCUGCUGUGUGUGGGUCAGCUUCCUUCCCCUCUGCAAAUCCCUGAAGACAAACAACAUCUCAUCACCACCUUCACCACCAUGGCUACCGAGUUGGUGGUCUGGCGUGUUCUCCAGGACAGUGUUCCUCUGAGUGUUGACCUGCAGGGGGCUCUGUCCUGUCUGUGUCUGGCCCUGCAACAGCCCUGUGUCUGGAACACACUGUCUACAGCCUCGUACAAAACACACACCUGCUCUGUCAUACACUGUCUACGACUCCUCAUCACUGCAGUGGCAGUAGGUCCAGGUGACCAUCUCUUACAUCCAGGGAGGAAGAGAACCACCGGGCCAGACGGUGAUUCAGACCAGGUCCACUCUCCAAACACUGACAACGUGUGUGAGCGACGGUCGUGUGAGAUCAUGGCUGAGUUGGUGGAAGGUCUCCAGAGCGUUCUGUCUCUGGGUCACCAUAGAAACAGCGGAAUCCCAGCCUUCCUCACGCCGAUGCUAAACAUCAUCAUCAGUCUGUCCAGACUACCGCUGGUCAACAGCUACACUAGAGUCCCCCUGGUGUGGAAGCUGGGCUGGUCCCCUCCCGGGGGAGAGUUCGGCACCACCCUUCCCGAGAUCCCUGUAGAGUUCCUGCAGGAGAAGGACGUGUUCAGGGAGUUCCUCUAUCGCAUCAACACACUGGGCUGGAGCAGUAGGACCCAGUUUGAAGAGACAUGGGCCACACUGCUGGGAGUUCUGGUCACUCAACCCAUCUCUAUGGACCAGGAGGAGGAGAGAGAACAGGAGGAGGACUUGGAGCGUACCCAGUUGAAUGUGUUAGCGGUCCAGGCCAUCACGUCUCUGGUUCUGAGUUCCAUGACUCUCCCUACUGCCGGAAACCCUACUGUCUCCUGUCUGGAACAACAGCCGAGAAACAAGACCCUUAAAGUCCUGGACACACGGUUUGGCAGGAAGUUGUCAGUGAUCAGAGGAGCCGUGGAGAGAGAGAUCCAGGCCAUGGUGUCGAAGAGAGACAACGUACACACACACCACCCCUACCACACCUGGGACCCUGUCCCCUCCCUGUCUGCUGUCUCACCAGCAGGUACACUGAUCAGCCAUGAGAAACUCCUGCUGCAGAUCAACACAGAGAGAGAGAUGGGCAACAUGGACUACAAACUGGGACAGGUGUCCAUCCAUUCUGUGUGGCUGGGGAACAACAUUACCCCUCUGAGAGAGGAAGAGUGGGGUGAGGAUGAGGAAGAUGAGACUGAUACUCCGGCCCCCGCCUCUCUUCCUACCUCUCCGAUCAACUCCAGGAAGCAUCGUGCAGGUGUAGACAUCCACUCCUGUUCUCAGUUCCUAUUGGAGCUCUACAGCCAGUGGCUCCUCCCCGGUUCCCCUAGCAACAGACGCACCCCUGUUGUGCUCAUCAGCGAGGUUGUCCGAUCGUUGUUGGCGGUCUCUGACCUGUUCACGGAGCGUAACCAGUUUGACAUGAUGUUCACCACCCUGAUGGAGCUGCAGAAGAGUCAUCCUGCUGAAGAUGAGAUAAUGAACCAGUACCUGGUACCAGCUCUCUGCAAGGCUGCCGCUGUCCUGGGCAUGGACAAGGCGACCUCUGAACCUGUGUGUCGGGUGGUGGAGCUGACCCUGCACAGCACCCACCUCCCCAGCCGUAUGGGAGCGCUGCACGGCCUGCUGUACGUCCUGGAGUGUGACCUGCUGGACGACACGGUGAAACAGCUGAUACCUGCCGUCUCUGACUACAUACUGAGUAACCUACGGGCCAUAGCACACUGUGUGAACCUGCACAAUCAGCAGCAUGUCUUGGUGAUGUGUGCUGUGGCCUUUUACAUGAUGGAGAACUACCCUCUGGAUGUAGGAGCCGAGUUUACUGCUGGGGUUAUACAGAUGUGUGGUGUGAUGGUAUCAGCCAGUGAAGACUCCACCCCCUCAGUGAUCUACCACUGUGUGUUGCGUGGGUUGGAGCGCCUCCUGCUGUCGGAGCAGCUGUCUCGUAUGGACGGAGAGGCACUGGUUAAACUGAGUGUCGACAGGGUUAACAUGCCAAGCCCUCACAGAGCCAUGUCUGCACUGGGACUCAUGCUCACCUGCAUGUACACAGCGGUGCGUACCUCAGCGUCGACAGCAGAGUCAGCGUUGGGGUCAGAGGUGAUGGGGUCAGAGGUUAGAGGUCAGGGGUCAGAGGUUACCUCGGGUCCUGUUGCUUUCUCCUCAGGCAAGGAGAAGGCCAGCCCUGGUCGCCCGGCCGGCGCUGUCGACCCUCAGGCCCCCGACAGCGAGUCUGUCAUCAUUGCCAUGGAGAGGGUCUCUGUGCUCUUCGACAGGGUCCGUAAGGGUUUACCCAGCGAGGCACGGGUGGUGGCCAGGAUUCUUCCUCAGUUCCUGGACCUCUCUUUUCCUCCCUCUCUCCUCCCCCUCUCUCCCCUCCCUCCCUCCUCCCUCCCUCUCCUCCCUCAGGUGUUCCAGACCCUCCAUGCUACAGGCCAGUCCAGUAUGGUGACAGACUGGGUGUUACUGUCUCUGUCUAACUUCACCCAGAGAACCCCAGUU